ACGGCAGGUCAGGCGUACGUCAUAUCCGGCAGAGCGCAGGCCGCCCUCUCGGCCGUCGUGGAAAGCAUAUUGGAGGAGUGUCUGCGAGACGCCGAGAACUUGGCUACGGCAUCUGGUAAAAGCUGCGUCACCCCCGAAGAAAUGGAGAAGGCAUUAAGGAAGCUCUGCAUGCGUUUAAGCGUGCAGCCGAGCACGCCGAGCAAGCAGAAACUUAACACGCGGCGCGAAAACGCUUGAACCGGCAACUUCAGCGAAGUCUUCCCGGCAGGAUGUCUCAAAUGGAGUUCCCAAUCGUCUUUGUUGCUAAUCAAUGUCGAAUUGUGCAAAAGUGCAGACCGUUCGCGAGCAACGUCUCUCUUGCUCGUCCGUUUCGCAUUUCGUGACGUCAAUUUGUAUCGCGCGUGUAAUCUUGGACCGAGACAGAUAAAAACUUAAUAAAUAAAUUUAAAUGUCAUUAUAAAAGACAUGAAUGGACCAAUUAUUGAAUAUCCAGAAUAGGAAUAGGAAGACAUCGUGUCUCACAUCAAAUUCCGCGAGCGAGAUAGACGUUUCCGUAUUUUCGACGAGCAUCUCGCUCGGCGACGUAUUUUGACAAUCCGGAACUGGUGCACGUAACACGUCAUACACCGCGCAAAUGGGAAAUCAUUAAGCGCGCGGCGAGUGCGAUACCUCUUUUGCAGCACGUGCGGCGAUUGUUUAAUCCGUUAACAACCGCGUAUCUAUCAAUAACAAUUAUUCUCCCUUCCCUCCCUAGUCCCUAUGACUUUGAUUGAAAUUCCUCUCGCAUUUAAUGUGACGAGUCGCGAUUCACGAGGGCACUCUCAUGUUCAUCACAUUCAGCUGGAGAGCAGUCAUCGUGACAGCCGAGCCAAGCAGUUGUUGCGAGUUUGCUGUCAAUUCGUGCGGCAGAGCAGCUUCUCGCGUGACUGGGAAAUUCA